UCGUUGGGAUGUCACGGGCGUGCCCAUCGAUGCCACGGGCGCACCUACUACCGCUAACUACAUGUCGUAGUUCCUCCCCAUUACUCGUGAAUGGAUGACACCACGAGGUAUCAUUGCUGCAGCACAAUAUGCUCCUACUGCGCCGAAGAUGACCAAAUUUGCACAAGGUGUGGCAGCCGUGAUUCACUCUAGCCACGAACAGUCGGUACCAUGCUCCUUGGCACACAAUUCCAGCACUUCAUUUCAGAAGUUGCUGAGGAGGCAUCACCGGCUACCGACGAGGUCCACAUCUCGAAUUCCUCCUCAUGAUGCUCAUUUAGAGAAGAUGGAUUUGUCAUACCCCAUUGAUGGUGCAGGGACCUCGCAGGCUGAGCCAUACCAGCCAUCACGGUACCAGUCACCUCCCCUCCCAGAUCGACACACAAACAUCUUUUACUAUCGUAGGAGGUAUAGGAGGUUAUCUUAAUUAGAUAGGGUGGAAGAGGGUGAUGAGGCUUAGAGUUGUAUAUAUUUUGAUUAACAUAUGUAUAUAUAUGUA